UGGCAUCGUGCAGUUCUCUUUUUGAUUAAUUUUUGCUGUUUAUUUUUUUAAAAAUUUAUCGCUGACGUGAGUACAAUUGUGUACAUUAUUGUGCAAUAUUUCGCCGAGUUAUUUUGGACACUACGACCCCGGACACGCCAUCGCCGAGACAUCGACGCUCUUCCGUCAGUUUUGCCGCCAACUUCGCCUACUUAGCCAGCAUCGCCCGAGACGUCUACGGUAGCUGCAGGAACCCAACAAUCAUCACAGGGGUCACAAAAUAUUAUUAUUAGAACUGGACAUCACCAAGAUCAGUUAAACGCAAGACAUACUAUUAAUGUUGUAGUAAAUAAUAAUAAAAAAGAACGUCAAAACGAUACAGGGAGAAGAACAGAGACAAAUUGAAGCAGCGUGAAGCGGAAAGAAGAGAACGUAUACAAUAUUCACAAAGUAUUGCCGGACCAUCUACCUCUUCAAACACGAAUAGAAUAGAACUGAAUAAUGAAGAAAUAAUUACUGCUCAAAGUUCAUCUGGUUCGGAAAAAAUACAACCAUCAUCCAUUCAAAGAAAUGAUCAAGGUAAUGAACUAAAUGCUCUCCAAAAAAAAAGAGAACGUCAACAAAGAUACAGGGAGCAGAACAGAGAUAAAUUGAAACAACGUGAAGCGGAAAGAAGGAGGCGUCUGCAAAAUGCAGAUGUAGUUACAGAAUUAUCUACUUCUCCAAACAUCGAAUUUACAGAAAUAAUUAACGAUCCAAUAAUAAAUGAAAUAAGUACAAAUUCUCGAAAUGUAGCUGGUUUAAAAGAAAUGCAGCAUGUAGUAGUUGAAGUAUCUCAGCAAAUUGGAUGAAGUCAAUCAAGUGCAAAUACUACGGAAAUUCCGAAUAACUACAGUCAAUUUAGAUACCAUAAAAUUUUAUUGCGUCGGAACUAAGUUUUAUCCAAAAAAGUUCAUUAAGUAACAACGAUGCUGUAACAUGUGCUAUUUAUUUUAACAAGUUAGUUUAUGUAAUAAUGACAAUUUUACAAUCAAAGACGUUCAGUCCUUUUGGUAAGUUUAGAGUUAUUAACUACUUUUUGAGGAUUGAAUUUAAACAUCGAGAAAGUCCACAUGCGCAUUUUCUUUUAUGGCUGGAUAAUGCUCCCACAGAUAUUCUUGGAGAAGAGCAAAAACAAGCAAUAGAAAUGAUUAACAGUUUAGUAUCAGUAUCAACGUCGGAAGCAUCGGAAAACAUAAAAUUACUUACGCAUAAGCAUACCUUCACGUGCUACAAAAAAAUUGGCUCUAAUUCUGUGCAAAAGUGCCGAUUUGAAGCACCAUUCAUGCCUUGUAAAUCUACAAUGAUUUUAAUACCGAUGGAAAAAACGAAUCCACUUUACAAAGAACCCUUGAAAAGUUAUAAUGAAAUUAGAAUUAACUUUGAAAAUAAUGACUACGAUAGUAUUGAUGAUUAUUAUAAAAGUAAUAAUAUCAGGUCAGAUGAAGAAUACAAAGAUAUACUAAGAUCUGGUAUUAGUAGACCAAGAAUAUUCUAUAAACGACAUCCGUCCGAAAAAUGGCACAAUACUUUCAAUCCAUUUGUUUUUAAUGUCUUAAAGUCAAAUAUGGAUUUUCAGAUAAUUACUGAAGAAUAUUCUAGCGCGGCAUAUGUCGUCGAAUAUGUCAAUAAAACCAACAGAGGCAUUAGCAAUUUACAACGCAAAAUAAUAGAAGUUAUGAAUAAGAAUCCAGAAUUCGAUAUUGUUGAAAUAACUCAUAAAAUGAGCGUUGACAUGCUGAAUACUAUUGAGAUGAGUAGUCAAGAAGCUGCUUGGUAUCUUUCAAGGUUACCAAUGUCUAAAUCGUCAGUAGCGGUUUAGUCAGUAUAUUAACACUUGUUGGCCUAUUGAACAACAGAGGAUAAGAAAAACACAAAAACAAAUUGAUGAACUUGAUGACGACUCUACUGAUACUUGGAAGGAAGAUUGGCAUGACAAGUAUCA